AUGUCCGCCCUGUCUGAGCGGAAAAAAGGGAAAGACUCAUUCUUGUUCAUUCACGGCGUAUACAACACAGCAGGGGGGGAGCAGCGUAUGGGACAGGACCCACAAAAAUGUGAAGAUGAUUCCCCCCCCUGUCAAACUAAGGGCACCAUUUACGAACGACUGUGUUUAGGAAGUCGCUACCUCGAAAUGGUUCUCCAGGAGUGCCAAACGGAGGAGGGAAAAAUCGACCUGCGCUUCGCAUGCGGGGAUGGCUGCGUGUACAGCGCUGGUGACCUCCUGGAGGAAGUGGGCGUUUUUUUUUUAAGCAACAAAAGGGAGAGAGUGGUCCUCUCGUUUUGGCAGCGCGGUGAUGGCGAAGGUGAAGGUGAAGGAGAAGGCGGCGAUGGCGAAGGCGACAAUGAUGGCGAUUCCGAUGGCGAAGGCUGCGAUGACGGCGAUUCCGAUGGCCGCCAUACCACCCACCUGCUGGACGUCUACAUCUAUCUGUACCUCCGCAGGGAGCUCAAGCACGCAGAGGGGGACGGAAACUAUCGAGCGCUCUACUUCCUUAACGGCAGGGAACGGCUCCUGAAUUUGCGAAAGUACCAGAUGGACGUUGACCACUUCGCAGUUCGCAGCUGGGUGUUUAACAACAUGUCGUUGCUGCUCCCCUCGAGUGUCGUCCACAGCGGGGGGGGAAGCCCAGACGAGAGGGAAAACGCGGGUAACACACUGACGCCGUUCUGCAAGCCCCCCCAGCGGAAGAACAACCCUCUGCUAAGCCUCUCGCAACAGCACCACAUGUCCCUAUUCAGAUUAAACUCGAUGCAGAACGAUCAAGUGGUAACUUUGUCUUCCAAAAUUUGCCUAAUGAGGAAAUUCCCCAACAUCCUUAUGACCACCACACAGGGGGAUUACCAGUUGUGGGACUCACAAGAGAGGGACUCGCUCCUCCCCAGUGAGAGUUCCCACAGAAGAACCAACGCGAGGAGGUACCACAUGAAGUGGGAAGGGGGUCACGACAGUGGUGGCACUCUACAUUCAGUCGAAACACAUGAUGGUAAUUUAAAUUCGGGAGGAAAAUUCAUUGGCUCUAAAAACUUACGCCUAACCGAGUACGUCGUGGAUGUACCCAGGCAGUACAAACUGGUGAGCUCUCCUUUUACAUUUUUAAAUAAAAAGUUGGUGCACCUCUGCCAGGAGGGGGGGGGGCUUAAAGGGAAAUGCCCCCAAGGGGUAGACACUAGCAAAACUUACUAUGUUAUUAGAAUGGGAAGAGAUGGACUGAUGGAGCAAUCGGUGCAGAGCUGCUUGGACCACCUUCCAGAUCGAUUCACUGCUGAGGGGGGACCCUCCUGGGUGUGCAUCCUCACGCAGGAUCUCCAUAUAGGGGACGUCUUCGAGGUGAUUCGCCUGAAUUUUUGUACCCCUGGUGGGGGGCUAAACCCUGCUUUGUAG